AAGCUGCGCGCCGCCAUCGCCGUCAUGCUAGGCGCCGCGGUCCGCCGCUGUUCGGUAGCAGCAGCCGCAGUCGCCCGGACCAGCCCCGGAGGUCUCCUGCGCCCCACUCCGGCCCCCGGCCCCGCCGCCGCUAUCCAGUCAAUUCGCUGCUACUCCCAUGGGUCACAUGAGACAGAUGAGUUUGAUGCUCGCUGGGUGACAUACUUCAAUAAGCCACAUAUUGAUGCUUGGGAAUUGCGUAAAGGGAUGAACACGCUUGUUGGCUAUGAUCUGGUUCCAGAACCCAAAAUCAUUGAUGCUGCUUUGCGGGCAUGCAGACGCUUAAAUGAUUUUGCUAGUGCAGUUCGCAUCCUAGAGGUUGUUAAGGACAAAGCAGGACCUCAUAAGGAAAUCUACCCCUAUGUCAUCCAGGAACUUAGACCAACUUUGAAUGAACUGGGAAUCUCCACUCCAGAGGAACUGGGCCUUGACAAAGUAUAAACCCCAUAGAUGGGCUUCCCAAGGAUUUAUUGAUAAU